AUGGGUGUCUUGGAGAAAUUCACUGGUGGUACACCAGCCGCAGAAACCGGCGAUACCGAAGCUCAUAGGCCGAAGAAUGCAGCGGAAGCAUCCGGAAAUCAGAUCCUUGCUAUUGAGACUGACAGUUCCCGACUGAGUCUUGAAGCGCGUAACGAGAAGGAAGCUCAAGAACAUCCCGAUCAGGUUACGCGAGAUGCGCUACUCGGUCAGCAGAAAGCCGAAGCCGCUGCCCUUGUCUGGAGUAAGAAGGCUGUCCGUUUUACCUACGGCUGGAUUUGGGUGUGUUUCUUUAUGAUGGCACUGCAGUCAGCUCUCAGCAGCACCGUUAUGUUAGCCGCUUAUGCCGAUUUUCAGCAAGCACCGCAAGUUGCUACGUCCAAUAUCUUGUAUAGUAUCAUCGGAGGUGUUCUGAAGUUGCCAAUUGCUAGAAUGCUUAACAUUUGGGGCCGUGCGGAAGGUUUGCUCGUCUUCAUCGGAGUCUACACACUCGGCCUGAUCAUCCUUGCUGCAUGCAACGGACCUGAUUCCUUCGCCGCCGGUAACGUUCUCUUUUGGGUUGGGUAUAACUCUGUUUACCUUAUUCUCGACGUUUUCAUUGCCGAUACUUCUGGCCUGAAGAACAGAGCCUUCGCUUUUGCUUUUGUCAGCACGCCUUUCAUCUGCACUGCCUUCACAGCUCCUUUGGCUGGCCAGUCUUUUGUCCGUCACAGCGGUUGGCGCUGGGGUUAUGGUGUGUUCGCUAUCGUGGUUCCAGUCACCCUCUGUCCCCUUGCUGUAGUUUUCAAAUAUUAUGAGCGCAAGGCCAUCAAGAUGGGCGUCUUCAAACGGGAGCCCAGUGGCCGGAGUCUUGUGCAAUCUAUCGUACAUUACUUCCAUGAAUUUGAUGUUAUUGGUGCACUCCUUUUGAUGGCUGCUUGGAUCCUUCUGCUGCUGCCAUUCAGCUUGGCAACCUACGGUCGGGCCCAAUACAAAUCUGCAGCUUUCAUUGCCGAGAUUGUCGUCGGAUUCUGUCUGCUUUUUGUUUUCGCCGCGUGGGAGAAGUGGUUUACUCGUUCCCAUUUCGUAAGUUACGAAUUACUCAAGAAGCGCACCGUUUUAGGUGCCUGCGGUAUGGCUGCUCUUGCUUUCUUCAGCUUCUACUGCUGGGAUCAAUAUUUCAUGAAUUUCUGUAUUGUCGUGUACAACCUCAGUGAGUCGAUGGGAGGAUAUAUGGCGCAGAUCUACAACGUUGGUUCCACCUUCUGGGGUGUUGGCUUCGGUUUAUGGGUCAAGUUCACCAAGCACUUCAAGUACGCUUGUCUGUUCUUCGCUCUUCCCCUCAUGAUCCUGGGUGCUGGUUUGAUGAUUCACUUCCGUGGUGAGGGUGGUGGUGAUAUUGGCUAUGUUAUCAUGUGCCAAAUUUUCAUCGCUUUUGGUGGUGGUUCUAUUGUCCUUGGUAACGAAAUGGCUGUCAUGGCCUCCGCUGACCGCGAAGGUGUGCCUAUGAUGCUGGCAAUCUUGGGUCUGUUCAACAGCUUGGGUGGUGCCAUUGGUUAUGCUGUGGCUGCAGCCAUCUACAACAACACCUGGCUCGACGCUCUCGAGUCCCGUCUACCAAGUGACAUGCUAUCGCAGGCCAACGAAAUCUACUUGGGUGGUUAUACACUUCAGCAAACAUACGCCAUGGAGAGUCCAACCCGUGAUGCCAUUAAUUACGCAUGGGGUCGUACCCAAAUGUACGGAUCGAUUGCCGCGACCUGUUUGCUGGCUCUGGGAAUUCCUUGCAUCGCCAUCUGGAAGAAUUACAAUGUCGACAAGAAGCAGAACAAGGGUACUAUGAUUUAA